GCUGGCCGACCGCCGCUGCGACCGGUCGCGUGCGCAGUGCACAGUGCCGAAGACACUACUGGAGCAGCGCCGCUGCCGCUGUGUGGCUGCGAGGGAGCGCUGCAUGUGCGCCGGCCAGCGCGUCCACACCGCGCCGUGCCUUAAAUGGUGGGGUGCUAUGAGGCCCCUGACGACGACGGCAGCGGCGACGACGUCCGGAUCUUUGACGCCUGAGCCGCUGCUGGGGCCGGCGGCGGGCUCGGGGGCGGCGCCGGAAGGGUGCGGUGGCGUCACCGGCAGCGGGGGCGGCGGCGCGUGCGCAGAGUGCGUGUCGCGGCCUCGCGUGGCGGCCGCGCUGGCGGGCGUGGCGCUGGUGUCGCUGCUGCUGGCGCUGCACCUGCUGUACGACGGCGCGCUGCACUCGGUGCUCGAGUCCUCGGGGGCGGCCGCCGCGGCGCAGCUCAAAGCCGAGCUGGCCGCCGCCGCAGCCGCCGCCGCCGCCGCGGCCGCCGCCGCCAGCGAGGAGCAGCUGCAGCUGCAGCUGCAGGCGGCGGGCACCGAGGGCCCGGGGGCGGCGGCCGCCGGCAGGGUGCACUUCGCCAGGACGUCGCGCCGCCUGCCGCAGGCACUCAUCAUAGGAGUGCGCAAGUGCGGGACGCGCGCGCUGCUCGAGAUGCUGGCGCUGCACCCGCGCGUGCAGAAGGCUGCCGGCGAGGUGCACUUCUUCGACCGCGACGACAACUACCGGCGCGGCCUGGACUGGUACCGCCGCAAGAUGCCGCACUCGUUCCGCGGCCAGAUCACCAUCGAGAAGAGCCCCAGCUACUUCGUCACGCCUGAGGUGCCGGAGCGCAUCCGGGCGAUGAACGCGAGCGUGAAGCUUCUGGUGAUCGUGCGAGAGCCGGUGACGCGCGCCAUCUCGGACUACACGCAGCUGCGCAGCCACGCGGCCGCCACGGCCGCCACGGCGGGCCAGCCGCCGCCGCCCGCGAGAUCCUUCGAGCAGCUGGCGCUGCGACCCGACGGCUCCGUCAACGUGGCCUACCGGCCGCUCGCCAUCUCGCUCUACCACACCUUCGUGCCGCGCUGGCUCGAGGUGUUCGACCGCGGCCAGAUCCUGGUGGUGAACGGCGACCAGCUGAUAGACGACCCGGUGUCGCAGCUGCGGCGCAUUGAGCGCUUCCUGGGCCUGGAGCCGCGCAUCGGCCACCACAACUUCUACUUCAACCGCACGAAGGGCUUCUACUGCCUGCGCAACGAGACGGCCGACAAGUGCCUGCGCGACAGCAAGGGGCGCCGCCACCCGCGAGUAGACCCGCGGGUCGUCGCCAAGCUGCGGCGCUUCUUCAGCGAGCACAACCAGCGCUUCUACGAGCUCGUGGGCGAGGACCUGGGCUGGCCCGAGGAGUGAGCGCCCGCCCGCCGCCGGCACCCGGCACUGCGCACGCGCCAGCGGCCCGCGGAGGCACCUGCAGGGCUCUCGAGCUGAGGCGGCCCUGCGUUACGGCAGUCACCGAGCG